AUGGACAAAGCACAGGCGUAUGAAGAGCUCUUGUAUUUUGCGGAGGGGAACAGGAUGGUCGGAAUGCGAUUCAUAUGGAGAGUACCUCGAUGGGGCAUGGGCAAGUCCUUGUACGUCAUGGCAAAGUACAUCAACUUCGCUAUGAUACCCGUCAGCAUGGCUGGUCAGCUUCCAUUUACAAUAUCACCUGAGGCAUGCGCGCCUUUGUUUUACGGAAGCAUCGCUACGCAAACAUUUGCAAUCACGGUUUCACAAUGUCUCUUCAGCUUGCGCAACUACGCGAUGUGGAACGGGAACCGGAUCGCGAUAGGCAUUUCCAUCUUCAACUUCUUUAGCGCAUUGAUCAUCGUCAGCGUACUAUUGGGUCUGUAUCUACCACUGAUAACAUUCGGACCAAACCCAAUCCCUUCAAUCACUGGCUGCUUCAAAACGGGCGGCAACAACCACGCCCUGGCUGGAUGCUUCAUGGUUGUUCUGCUCAAUGAAGCCAGAUUCAGACUACGCCUCAAAAUACGAGAAGGGCGGAACCAGCUGCUCGAGACGCUCAUGCGCGACGGCUUGCUUUAUUGUAUCACCAUCUUUCUCUUAUCGCUGAUAAAUGCCGUGGUCCAGUUCACCGUAUCGAUCGCGUACAUUGAAACGACCGAGUUGUUUCAGUCCGUUCUGCAAACUAUACUCGCGACCAACAUGCAGCUGCACCUCUGCCGCGUCCAUCAAAACACCUCCUUAGGCAUGGUGGCGGAUACAAACGUUAGCUCCAUAAACUUCUCCGACAUCGAUGCUAAGCGCAAGUCGCGCAUGAACGCGCCGCCUCAAGAGACUUCGGAUGCCAGUACCACUACCGGCAGUGUUAUGAUGAUUGGGCGACAGACCGAGACUCUGCCGAUCCCGCCAUGGCCGACGGUCGCGUACGAGUCGCAGGGCGUUGUUUCGAUAGGCGCGCAGAGUAUGGAGAGUGGUGUUGUGACGGAGGAGGCGAGACAGAGUGUAUAA